AUGAUCGGAAUCACACCCCAUUGUGGAGUCGCAUUCAUCAACUACCAUGGCCCUGAGAGUGUUGCCAUUCCCAUGAAUGUUGAUGAAGUUGAGACACCUGCUUUUCUUGUUAGAACCAUCCCGUGGAGAUCGAAUGCAACUAUAGGCUUGUCGUCAGAAUGGUACUGGUUGUCACACUUGGAUCGGCCUUCGUCGCUGCCUCCUGCCUCGAAGCUGUUCCAAGUUAGAGUCGCCUUUGUGCUAACUGAGACCGGAGGGGAGCAUUUGUACUUGGUGUAG